CCUCGCAGUCAGCCGAGUCCGGAGUGAUCGAUGCUCCCGGUGUAGUCCGUGACAACGAGAAGGCCAGCCGUGGAGUCUUCGCCCCGACGGAACCAGUCGUCGCCAGCGACGAGAGACACAGCCAGGUCCAAACGCCAGAGAGGUACUGAAGAUGUCAGAGGGCACUACAGAGGACACCGCAGAGCCCCUGGUGGGGUCCAGCUCCCUCUGGAAGGCCCUCAGGGUGCUCCUGCCUGAUGCAGAGGAGCAGCUGAAGCUGGACCUCAGUGAACAGGUGGACAGGAGCAUGGUUGUGCUGCUGCAGCGGGCCGUGCGGCUGUUCUAUGCAGGCCAUGGGCAGGAGUGCCUGCAGGCCAGCGAGGCCAUCCUGGACUAUUCCUGGGAAAAGCUCAACACUGGGCCCUGGCGAGAUGUGGACAAGGAAUGGCGUCGUGUCUAUUCCUUUGGCUGCCUCCUAAAGGCCCUGUGCUUGUGCCAGGCACCGCAGGAAGCCACUGCUGUGGCCGAAGCACUGCGGGUGUGUGACAUGGGCCUGUUGAUGGGGGCAGCCAUCCUUGGGGACAUCCUUCUCAAAGUCAUUGCAGUCCUCCAAGAACACAUGCUUCCAAGAAAGCAGCCUGCCUGUGGCCCACACCAGGACCAGCCUGCUACCAAGAAGGCAAAGCAUGACUCCAACUCAGCUCCUGAUGUGGUGUUAGAGCGGGUAGUACCCAGGCUUCGCUGUCCAGCCCUGCAGUACUUCAGGAAGCACUUUUUAGUUCCUGGGAGGCCUGUGAUCUUGGAAGGUGUGGCUGACCACUGGCCCUGCAUGAAGAAGUGGAGCCUGCAGUACAUCCAGGAGAUUGCCGGCUGCCGCACCGUGCCCGUGGAAGUGGGGUCACGGUACACAGAUGAAGACUGGUCCCAGACCCUCAUGACCGUCAAUGAGUUCAUCCACAGAUACAUCCUGAACAAGGCGAAGGACAUCGGGUACCUUGCUCAGCACCAACUGUUUGACCAGAUCCCCGAGUUGAAACAGGACAUCAGCAUCCCUGAUUACUGUUGCCUGGGCAAUGGAGAAGAGGAUGAGAUCACUAUCAAUGCCUGGUUUGGUCCCCAAGGAACCAUCUCCCCACUGCAUCAGGACCCCCAGGAGAAUUUCCUGGUCCAGGUCCUAGGAAGGAAGUAUAUCCGGCUGUAUUCCCCGCAAGAAUCUGAGGCAGUGUACCCACACGAGACGCGCCUUCUUCAUAACACCAGCCAGGUUGAUGUGGAGAACCCUGACCUAGAGAAGUUUCCCAAGUUUACCGAGGCCCCAUUCCUGUCCUGCAUCCUGUCCCCCGGAGAGACCCUCUUUAUACCUGCUAAGUACUGGCACUACGUGCGCUCCCUGGACCUGAGCUUCUCUGUCAGCUUCUGGUGGUCAUAGCCAGGGCCAGAGUGGAAAGGACCCUCCAGGCCAACACCUCACCUAAAGGCAGUGAGCCCAGUGAAGGUGUGGGCCCUGGAUGCUGCUAGACUCCAACGGUCCUGCUCCCUGAGCCAGUAU